GUCUGUUGCCUAAAACUUAAAAAGCAAAAUGGAAGUAACAGAUUGACAACUUUGUGAUUCUCGUAAUUUAUUUUUGGGUUUUAAUACAUUUUUCAACCUGAGUAAGUGUAAAAAUCGUUAAGUGAGAAUUGUCAAACGAGAUGAUUUCAUAAUGAAAAUAAAAUAAAGAAUCGCAUAACUGUAGCGCAGGAUAUAUAACGAAAAAGUAGUUGUGGUAUGAUGAUAACAAAAGAUAAUAUAAAAAUUCAGCCUUGUCUACUCUCGUUAUGUGUUAUUUUUCAUCACAUGUGUACAGUGAAGAUUAACAAGUCAUGAACCUUCACAGCAAUAGUUCUGUGCAGUGAAUACGUAACUAAGAAAGUGAUUGUAGGAUUUGUGACGUCAUAGAACUUAAAGACAAUAAAGUAUCGUUUCUGCUGUAAAAUGUUUAUUAGUUUUUUUUAGGUGAGUACGCACAGUUUCAUAGAAGUUUUGAAGAGAGUGUUCGCGGCAGAUAGGUGGUUUUCCGCGAGGAUGGGCGGCGAUGUCUGCCCCCUCCGAUAGCGCUACCAGCCCUCCACCAUGUGCGUGUACCAACAUAUCGCUUAUGCAGUUGUUCCAUGAGCUCAAACAAAAGUUUCCUGGUGUACCCGAUCAUGUUGUGUCUAACACCAUCGAGCUAUACUGUCAUGAUAAAAAAGCUUGUGAAACACAUCUGCACAGAGAAGUCAAGACCUCCCUAACGCACGCCUAUCAUGCGUCUUCAGUGGCUGCAGCACGACAACUCAGUGGACAUAAAGUUAAUGCACCACAAAAGUGUCGAAACCAGCCCAUUAUCAAGCAUGAAGCUUUAAAAUCAACAAAUGCCCAGUUGUUUACUUGCCAAGGUCCACAAAAAGCUAUAAUCAGCACUAAUGCUAGUUUAGAUGAAGAAGAUGUUAAAGUGAAUACUGAUGCAAAUCAAAACGUUGUGAAAGUUAAAACAAAUGAAUUACUUAAUACAUGCUCACCUGUUACUAUAGUCAAUCUUGAUAACUGUUUUGUUAAGUACAGUGCAGAGUCACCUAGUGAUUUAGAAUUGUCUAAUGAAAAUAAUAGUCUAGAGAAUGGAAAACAGGAAAGUACAAAUCAGGAAUUUAAUGAACAAAUAACCAAUUCUGAACAGCCUGAGAGUACUAAUUUUAAAUUAUUGAAAAGUAAUAAAAUAAGGUCAAAUUUAAAUGAAAGAUUGGAGGGUGUGAAGGAGAAAAAAACUAUUAAAAGAGAUAAGGAAGAAUCUAAAGUAGUGCUUGAAAAACCCCAAAGACCAAACACAUUGAACUUCAUUAAACCAAGUCCAGAUAUUGCAUUUAAUGACAACCUGAAACAACCAGAAGAGACAUGCCGAACAAUCUCACCUGCUCCUUCAAUUCAUAAAACUGAUAAAGAGCCCAAAAGUAGUCCAUUUAGGCAAGAAAGGGGUGGAUAUCCCCUAAACUUGUCUGUCAAUGUUAAUUGCCAUAUGGACUUAAGCCGUGGUUACUGUGAUCCGUGGUUAGAAGAUUAUGAAAGUCCUAGAGCAAUAACAUCAGUCAAUUUAACUGUUUGUACACCAACAUCAAAUAUGGCCAGUCCAGUCAGGGAAAGAAAUGAUGAUAAUGGCUUUGAGGGACAUGUAACAGUAACUGUUAGCCCUAGUACAACACGCCCAAAGCGUAGAGCACCACCUCCACCUCAGUCUACCAGGAUAGAUUCACCGAGACCAUCUAGAGUUGCUCCUGAACCACCCGGAACAGUUUCAGAUCGUUCUCUAAUUGAGCGUCAGAAGGAACGUUUAUCACGACUAGCCGCUGCACUAGCCCAAGAGAAGGGACAACUAGCACAAUUGAAUCGAGAAACACAGAUAUUAGCUGCUCCUCCACCAUCACCAUCAGCUGCUGCAAGAUUCAAGGACCAUGUGGAACGCUUAAGGGAUGAGUGUGAUAUGUUAGCAAAGCGCCUUGAGAUGGGGGUUAGAGCUCCCCGAGUGUUACCUGUCCCAGAGGCAGAUGACAACUUCUACAGUAAUAUAUACACAGGACAGAGACCAUCUGCCUCUUGGCAAUGCCACAUGUGCACCUUUAGGAAUCAUCCACUCUUAGACAAGUGUGAGGAGUGUGACAUGCCCCGGAUAUUUGUAGUUCGAUCUCCCGAUGGGAUCACCGUACGCUUGAUGCCGGGACGUCGAAAAAUAGUGCGGUCGUGGGUUUUAUGAGAUGAAAACUACGAAUUAAUUUAAGUUUAAAUCUAUCUUAAGUGCAGUAACAAUCUGUGAUAUUCGCAUUUGGUAAAAACAAAUUUGCACAUUCCACAUUUUUAUUUUACUAUAGGGUUUGCAUUUUUAGUGCAUAAAUUCUUUCCUAUUCUCAGUGAGUGCUAUGCCAAAUGCGAAUAACUAUGUUAUUACCAUUUACUGCACUUAAGGUGGAUAGGAAAGUACUUUAAAUAGUCAUAAGUAUAUUAUCAUGUGUUAUCGGUAGGUUAAUCAAUAUUUCUACAUCACCAGAUAAAAGUCGGAUGUUUAAAGAUGUAUUUGAAUUGUAAAGAAAUACAUAUUUUUUAGGAAAUUAAAAUUUACCGCUCUUAUUAAAAUUGUUAACAUACAAUUUAACGUAAAGCUAAAUGCCGUAAGUUUAUAUUAUACAUACUGUGAGCUGUAAGAAUAAUAACUCUUUACUCCUACACUACUAUUGUAAGGCUGUUAAAUACUUUAGAUUUGAUGUGUUAUAGCUUUGGUUUGUUGCAAGUUGUCAAAAAUGAUUUGUUGG